AUGGCUGAACCUCCGUGCAUUCUCCGCACGCUACUCUGUAUCUUCUUCAGUGUUUUAGGGGUAGUAGAACUGUCGGAAAUUGUCUCUUUUAAAAGACCAACGUCUCAACGCAGCAAUUACACUCUACCAAUUGAGAACAGAAUCGUCCACACAUCUGAAAAUGGCGUGGAUGGAAACAAAAGGCAAACGUUUUCAGGCAAUUCAUGUACGCACCAGGCUGUUGAACAGGAGGAGGCGUGGUGGAGAGUAGACCUACAGAGACAAGUCACCGUAGAAAAAGUCCAAAUAUAUUACAGAGACGAGGGAUCUGUCUGGGCGGGAUGGAGAAACAGAUUCGCUGGAUACGAGAUAUACCUUUCAAACACUACAGAGAGAAACAGAGAAGAUCGAUGUUUCCAGGACAAAUCGGAAAAUGUAAACCAAAUUCAAAGUAUUGUCACCCAUGAAGAAUGCAACGGAACCGCGCAGUAUGUUACAAUAUACAACACCAGAAACCAGCCAAAAAGACAAAACUGGUACAGUUCGUUCGCUUUCUUAGAACUAUGUGAAGUUGAAGUGUACGGAUGUGAAAGCGGGAAAUACGGAAACAGAAACUGUAACCACAACUGCUCCCCAAAUUGUCCAGGUGGUGUCUGUCACCCAAGUUCGGGAAAUUGUUUAUACUGUGAUGACAACACAUUUACCAACCAUUUGGAAGAAAACUGCCUACCUUGUCCAGAAAGGUGUGCUGGUCAAUGUGACCGUGCUGGAGGUUGUAAUGAAUGCCAAGACGGAUUCUUUGGAUUGGAAUGUUCGUAUAGAUGCCCGGCUAACUGUGGAAGUAGAAAAUGUGAGAAGACAUUCGGCGUUUGUUUUGAUUGUCAAGUCGGAUUCCAUGGUGACAGAUGCAUUGAUCCAUGUCCAUCUUCUUGCCUAACUAGAGAAUGUAACAAGACGAGCGGUAACUGCCUAGAAUGUCCAGAAGGAUUCUACGGACAAGGAUGCGGUAAGCAGUGUCCAGAUUCCUGUGGUAGUGGUGGAUGUAAACUUUCAGACGGUACAUGUAAAGAAUGCCAAGACGGAUUCUUUGGAUUGGAAUGUUCGUAUAGAUGCCCGGCUAACUGUGGAAGUAGAAAAUGUGAGAAGACAUUCGGCGUUUGUUUUGAUUGUCAAGUCGGAUUCCAUGGUGACAGAUGCAUUGAUCCAUGUCCAUCUUCUUGCCUAACUAGAGAAUGUAACAAGACGAGCGGUAACUGCCUAGAAUGUCCAGAAGGAUUCUACGGACAAGGAUGCGGUAAGCAGUGUCCAGAUUCCUGUGGUAGUGGUGGAUGUAAACUUUCAGACGGUACAUGUAAAGAAUGCCAAGACGGAUUCUUUGGAUUGGAAUGUUCGUAUAGAUGCCCGGCUAACUGUGGAAGUAGAAAAUGUGAGAAGACAUUCGGCGAUUGUUUUGAUUGUCAAGUCGGAUUCCAAGGUUACAGAUGCAUGUUUCCAUGUCCAUCUUCUUGCCUAACUAGAGAAUGUAACAAGACGAGCGGUAACUGCCUAGAAUGUCCAGAAGGAUUAUACGGACGAAUAUGCGGUAAGCAGUGUCCAGAUUCCUGUGGUAGUGGUGGAUGUAAACUUUCAGACGGUACAUGUAAAGAUCAAGAACCUGAGGCCACAUCGAGUAUCACUUGCACUGAUCAAAAUGAAACAGAAAGAAAGACAAAUGGAUCUGUUACCAUUCCAGUCCUUUCAUCUGUAGUUGGACUGUUAGCGGUUCUAUUAACGGUGUCCACAAUCUACAUUAAGUUGAGGAUGAAACUUACACCAACCAGAGAAAAUGACAACACACAAGAUAACAACUAUACAACUAUCAACACAAUGGAACUACAGUCACCAAAUGUUUAUGAAGAACUGGCGGGACCAAACAAUGACAUCUAACCAAGCUUUUGUUCAAUAUUUUUCAUCCAGAGAAUCAGCUACGAUCGUGACAAUUGAUAAAUGGUGGCGUGUUUGUGCAUUUCGGUAUCAUUUUCUAUUCACAAUGUGAUGUGGUCAUCAUUUCUACUAUUAUACAAAUAUUGUGACGUGUCUGUGUCAAUUUGAAAACCUGUUUUUAGACUUCAUAUAUAUAGAUGAUACUCCGCUUCUUUUUAUUAUUAUCUUUUUUUUGUUUUAGUUUUUUUUCUUAUAUCACUUAAAUUAUAAUUA